AUGGCGCUUAUCACGAGUAUGAAUUCCCAAUCAAACCAGAAGAUUUCUGACUUUGCCGUGAUGCUAUCGAUGCUCUCGAUCGUCUUUUUUGCCAUAAAACUUAUUCUGGAAUGGAGGCGAAAACCGCCUGGACCCUGGGGACUUCCGGUAGUAGGCCACCUGCCUUUCCUUGGAUCAAAGCCUCUGGAUAAAUUUAAACAAUACCAAAAAGAGUAUGGAGAUGUGUUCUGUUUACGAUUCGGUAUGUGGCCUACCGUUGUCAUCAGUGGGAGAGACACCGUGAAGUCAACCCUUGCGCAUCAGUCAGAUCACUUUGCUUCUCGACCACCGUUCUUCUCAGUGAAAAGCUUGAACGGUAUGAAGGGCCUCACUUUCAGUGGGUUUGACGAGAGGUAUUUGCUUCAUCGAAAAAUUGCCAGUGCUGUAAUCAGAGAGAUUGGAGGUUACGAUAAUGCUGGAUUAGAAAAUGUAUUUCGCGACGAGUCAAACAUACUGGUGUCGAGCUUUCUGGCAAAGGAAGGUAAACCUUUUAACCCUAGCGAUUUAGUUUACAUGGCCACAGGGAGUAUUAUUUACCAGUUCUGUUAUGGAAAGGGCGAGAACAUACGAGAUGAUCCGGCAUUUCUAAAGGUCAUAAAAGACCAAGAAAUAUUCAAAGAAUUCUUCACCGCCGGAAAUUAUUUUGAUGUUCUUCCAUGGUUGCAAUAUAUUAUGCCGAAACAAUUUAAUAAGUUUUUGGAAAUGAUUGACCACUUUAAGAAUGCCAGAAACGAAAACGGAGCGGAGAUUAUGAAGACAUUUGAUCCAAAUAAUCCUCGCCAUGCGUUAGAUGGUAUGUUAAAUGCUUGUUUGAAGUACCACAUAACAGAUGCCCCAAACGAAGUGGGACUGACCAAGGCUCAACUGAUUGACACGAUGCAAGAUUUUUUUGGCGCUGGAUUCGAGACGAGCGCUUCCACGAUGAGGUGGGCGUUGAUGUAUUUUGCUGAGUAUCAAGACGUUCAGUUCAAAGUUCAGAGAGAAAUCGACGAAAAAGUGGGAAGAAACAAAGUUCUAUCUGUGAAAGACCGACAUGAUUUGCCUUACACCGAGGCUACAAUUCUAGAGAUCAUGAGGGUGGCACCGGUUGUUCCCAUGGGACUUCCACACCAAGCAACAAAUGAUGUAUUUGUGAACGGGAACUUCAUCGAGAAGGGAACUGUCGUUUUCUUUAACCUUGCCUCGGUUAUGCAUGACGAAUACUGGGGUAAUCCGUACGAGUUCCAACCAGAACGUUUUCUAGAUGAUAAAGGGAAUUUGAUCAAAGAAAAAGUCGACAAUGUGUUGUCAUUCAGCGCCGGACGACGGAAUUGUGUCGGCAAGAUGAUCGCACAGGCCGAGAUAUUUUAUUUACUAGCGACUGUGCUUCAAAAUUGUAGAAUUUGCAAACCCGAGGAUACAAUCUAUGAUUUUGAAGGCCUCUAUGAGCUAAGUUACUACCCCAAAGAAUAUGAACUGUGUGUUCAUCCAAGAUAA